AUGGUCAAAAUGUUAAUGCUAUUAAUGUAUAUACGUCAAAUUAAAGGAUCCUUGGACUUACGAACCGGAGCAUCAUCAAAUUUCACACUAUUGUCGAUCGUUGAAGGCGAGUCGUUGAUAAUAGAUUGCAAAAACACUGAAAAAAUAACAUUUUUGUAUCCAAAAUUUCCCAAAAAUGAAGUCAUUACCUCUCCUGAAGAAAUAACGGUCUCUUUAUCAGAUAAAGUGUAUUCUGCAAAAUUCGAACGUAAAAAAGCGGUGUAUAACGACAGUGGAUGGUACGGCUGUGCUGAUCUACCAGACGAAUUUGACAAACUUUAUCAGAAUCGGUUUCCAUUUACUCCUGAUCUUUAUAAUAGUUCCAAUGUUCGAUGGGUUUAUGUCUUUGUUAAAUCGCUCGAUCACUUGUUCGUAAAUACUCCGUUUGUGCUAAAUGAUACAGAAGGUCAUUAUCGGCUUAUUGAAAAGGUCGGUAAUGAUGUUAUUCUGCCAUGCCGCCCGACUUCACCCAAUUACAGGGUUGGAUUGCAAUUUGGAAACAGAACAGAUGUUCCAUUUAAUUAUUCUUUAUAUGAUCCAACAAUAGGAUUUGUAAUUAAGAACAUUAUAAGUAAUCAUUCCUUGUCUUAUAUUUGUGAAAGUUUCAACUCUAAUGGAGAUUUUGAAGUGAAACAUUUUCAGAUAACCCUGAAGCGUUAUCCUGAAUUUCGAGAUGUGCCGGUAAUAUCAACUGACUCACUUACCCACAUGGAAGUCGGCAAAGACUUCAUAAUGAAAUGUGAAAUUUGCAUCUAUCAGCCCAACCAAUAUUCUUUUGGAUGGCAAAUGCCUCGGCCGAACAAUCGAACCAGUCAAAAAUUGAUCCGUCUCAACGUUUCCAAACGUCCGAGUGUCGAUUUUUGGGAUUCCGACAUCUGCGAAACUCAAAUUAUCGAAUUGCAGAUCAAAAGCGUUACUAUUGAAGAUUUUGGCGUGUAUAGGUGUGACCUUUAUCGAUACCCAGUUCUGAACUCAGCCACAGUUAACCUAGUGCCUCAUGAAAAAAAGCAUUUGGAGUUGUCAAUGAGGGUUCGAAAUGAUUCAAAGCCAGUCAGAAAGUCUCACAGUUACACUUGGGACCUUGAAGUCGACGCCUAUCCGUUACCCGUCGAAUUUAAGUGGUUAGGUCCAGGCGGGUAUGAAAUUUCCAAUUUUUGGAGUUAUGAAAACUAUCAAGUCAAUGACGAACGAUUCUCAGUUAAAUUAACCAAAUGGGAUGUUGAUUGGAAGGACACUGGGACUCAUGUUAUUUUUGCUCACAAUUCCGAAGAGAUUAAAAUUUUUAGUUUCAAUGUUCUAGUUGAAGGAAUUCCAGAAAUCAUAGACUUCGUAGAAAAUGAUGUAGAUUGCUAUUUAAGACACGAAACAGUCUUUUUCGACUGUGCUGCGAGAGGGUACCCUCAACCAGUCAUAACCUGGAAGUUUGGCAAAGACUACAAAAGUUCGAACGAUAUUCCACUGAGUUCUGUCUACUCUAAGAAUGGCACAUCCAGUGAUAACAUUCCAAAAGUUUUUUCUACUGCCUGGGUAGAGAUAUUGGGGUCCGGAAUGAUGUUCUGCGAAGCAUGUAAUAAGUAUGGGUGUGAUUGGAAAGUAAUGCAAUCUGUCUAUAUUACAUUGAGUCCUAAGUGCUGCAACACUAAGAAGAAGCAGCGAUGGAAAUUAAAUUUUUCAAGCUUAGGGUAG